AAUUGAACAAUAGGAAUCAAGCCUUCUUUUAAUACGACGAGUUUUACUUAGCGGACACGUCCAGACCAUCGAUCUCUCAAUUUAAUCGGUGUUUACGUCGCCGAGUGGAACGACUCCGUUUUCCUCCGCCGUGAACCCUCCCGGCAAAUCCCGGCUGUUCACGCCGGAAAAUGAGGCCGCUUCCGGAGAAUCCGUUCAAUUUGAACGCGGUCGCUCGAAAGAUCGACGUUGACAAUCGAAUCGCUCUCCGCAAUUACUAUCGAAUCGCCGAUAACCUUCUCAAACAGGCAAGUAUUUAUCGGGGGGAAAGGAAUAUCGUAGACUUGUAUAUCAUACUUCUUAGGUAUUCAAGUUUGGUGUCUGAAACAAUACCAUUCCAUCGAGAUUACCAGGUUUUUCUUACAAAAGAGAGAACAUAUUACAGGAAGAAACUGUUAGCUGUAUUAGAUGAGCUUGAAUCUUUGAAGCCAGAAUUCGACCGUCGAGUGAAUGAAAUGAACAAAGGUUUUGCAAGAGCUCAACACUAUCAACUUGAUGGCCGAGAAAGAACAUAUAGUUCAGAUGCAUUUUCUCUGGAAUGGCCGCCUGUCAAUAGGAAAGAUUCUUUGAGCAUAGAUAAUAAGCAGCCAGUUAGGACGACACCUUUGGCUUCACGGAUGCAGAACAAUGGUCAGACUCGGGUUUUGCCAUCAAAUUCUAUUGACAUGCAAUUCCAGAAGCUAUCUGUUAGUCUACCUCUUCCCAAGAAGGAAACAUUGUCUAGACACUCAAUUUUAGGCCCAGAUGGUCUUCAAGGUCGGUGGCUGGGUCCUAGUGCAGAGAUAAAGGUUCAUUAUCCAAGCAAUACGGACUUAACUGCAGAUGAAAAUUCGGGUCUGAAUCAGGCUGGACAAUAUGACAUCGUGGCAGUAAAAGAUGGCAAUUCGGAAGUGAAUAGAUCUACCAUGGAAUCAGUGCUCUCCUUAGAUGAUGGUAGAUGGGUAUCUCCUUCAGAGGAUUCCUGUCCUCCAUUUAAUAUUGAAGCAAGGAGAAAUUAUCUUCCACUGGGCAAUAUCAGGCAACCUUCUCCACCUCCUGUACUUGCUCAAGUACAACCAGAUAUUGUUCCAAUCUCCCCAUCAAGAGUUGCGGAUCCAAGACCCGGGCCUGCGAAUCCGUCCAAGGAUGAGAUUCCUGGUUCUAAUUCUUAUCAGCAUUUACACAUUUCGGUAAAGAUGAUGGAAGAUUUUUUGAGAUUGGCACAAGCAAAUACAGCAAAAAACUUAGAAACAUGUGGUGUUCUUGCUGGCUCACUGAAAAACAGGGUAUUCCAUAUCACUACACUUAUAAUCCCAAAGCAGGAGUCAACUUCAGACUCGUGUCAGACAUUGAAUGAAGAAGAAAUAUUUGAGGUUCAAGACAAAUUAUCCCUUUUCCAGCUCGGCUGGAUUCAUACUCAUCCAUCACAAACCUGUUUUAUGUCAUCAGUUGAUCUGCACACUCAUUAUUCAUAUCAGAUCAUGUUACCAGAAGCAAUUGCAAUUGUUAUGGCUCCUACAGACACGUCCAGUCCGCAUGGCAUUUUUCAUUUGUCCGAUCCUAGUGGUGUUUCUAUUAUUCGAAAUUGUCAACAACGUGGUUUUCAUCCACACGAGGAGCCUGAGGAUGGAAGUCCAAUAUAUGAGCACUGUUCUCAUGUUUUUAUGAACCCCAAUUUGAAGUUUGAUGUAGUAGAUCUUCGGUGAGUUAGCAAGCCCUUAACCGUUAUGAGGUAUUAUUACUAUUUUUUUAAUUUUUUUUACGGAAUGAAAAAAAAAAUACAGAACAUCUGUGAUCUCUUUUAGAUUAUCUGUCAAGCACAUUGUAAAGUCAGUGGUUUUUGUAAUUAGAACUUGUAAGGGAAGUGAACAUCAUAUGCAUGUGUUUAUAACACCAUCAAAUCGUCUUGUUAUCCAUGUUGGAGCAUUGAUAAUGGAAAAAAUAUGUAUUAUUACUAGGAUUUUGUACCAGAACAAUUAACAAGGAAAUGAUCAUUCACAUUAGUGAUUGGAUGGGUUUGAUAUGAGUA